GAGAAUGGCUCAUUUCCCGCUCCUGUUCCAUGUAGAAGAUGAAGUCCCUGAGGUUGACUCGUGUUAUUUUCUGCCGGGGGUACUGCCGGGGGGAGCCCGUGCCCAGCCCGGCCUGGCUGCCCCCGCACAGCCCCACGCCCUGCAAGAGAACACAGCACAGCCGAGUCCUGCAGCAGCCUGCUCUCAGGCUGCAGGACCCUGCCAAAGAGCUCCAGUGGCUCACUGCCAGCCUCCCCCUAGCCCAUCCCAUCAGGGCUUUUUUACUAUUACUGUCAUUUCUGUCCUGAGUCUCAGCGAGUUUACCUGAGUAAAGGCCUCAAGUGCAAACACGUGAGGCUAAACCUUGUUCACUUACGACUCGGGACAAAUCCCUCCUGCUACAGUCAUGUUCACUGGAGAUGUGUUUGACCGGUUUAAAUUCAGGAGCCUUUUAAGAACAAAAUGAUUUUCAGCAGGUAAGGCCAUUAAUACAUUGUUCAAAUGUGUGCAGGAUCCUGCUCUCAGUCAAGAACUGGGAACAGGUGAGUGGAGUACUGGGAAUCCCCCCAGGGACCCCAGAUCUCUCCUCUGGGUCUGCUGAAGAGAAGGACUCAGUGUGGGGAGAUACUCCGCAAACAAUCAAAAAAUUAAAUGGAAAAAUCACAAAGGCUCAGACAUUGUGUGAUGAUAAACACAAACAUCAGUACACUUGUUUCGACAGCUAUGUUAAAUAAUUAUGUAUUUUUUAAUUGGUUCAUUGGUACUGAAUUACUGAAUACCUCAUCCUGCCUCUGUAUACAGAGAAAAAAUUCUUAAACUGGGCCUGAGAAUACUGUGAUCUGAAUAUUUAGAAAAGGAAAGGACAUAAUUAGAGCCCCUGCAGUCUCAUGGAGUUUAAACUGAAACCUGAUGCACACACAUGUUCAGAUGUUUUUUCAUCCAUAGGAGUCCAUUGUUUUUGUUAAUUCCAAUUGGUUUGUAGCAAAAUAAAGUGUUCUAACUUAGAAAAAUAGGUUUUAAUCUCUGAAAAUAUUUAAGCUAUUUUUCAAACCUCUAAGAAAUAUGGUAAAAAUUCCUAUACUUCUAAUAUCCCAAAUUUACUUACUGCUGCUCAAACUUACCCUUCUUUCCCCAGGAAAUACUUAUUCUAGGAUCUUGACUCCAGACAUUAAGAAUACACUUAAGGGUAAUUUUACUACUGAACGCUUGUAGGGGAAACACACAAGGUCUGCUGAGAGCAAGGCAUGGAUGGCAGUGUUUCCCUGUCCCCCACAGCCAGUCUGACUCCUUGCAGAACUGCACCCUGCAUGUUAUUUCUCCCAUUCCUCUUGUUCAAUUACAGCAGUGGGGCAAAUCCUCUUCUGUGGCCACAGACACCAAGGGCUUCUCGGAGCGCAAUGAAUGUGGCUCAGCUUGCAGGGAAGAGAGGGAGAAGCCCGCAGCCUUUGGGCACCUGGAGCAUUUGAGCCAAGGGAUUCUGCUCUCCAGAGCAGUUCUUGGAGCAGUUUUUGUUAAUGGAUUGAUUGAGCACUGAACCUCACUGCUCGCAGGAAAUGCAGCUGCAAGGGCUGCUCAUUCCUGCUGGAGCCAGACACAUGCCCAGUGCAUGAUCCAUGUACUCAGCAGUGCUCCAGACCUUAACCCAAGAAACACUUCACAGUCCUAAAAGACACAAAAUAAUUUAAACUCUUCCUCUCUGUCUUCUACAGGCUGGAACACUUUGAGCUGCCUGCCACUGCCCUCUGACCAUGCACCCACUCUGCCAGGGCUCUGCCCACUGCUUCUAAGUCCUUAAGAAACCACUGUGUGUGUGUGUGUUUAUUUUAAAUCAAAAUUACUCAAAAAAUGCUUCUCCUUCUUCUCUGUCCCCACCACACAUCUCCCCUGCCCGCAGCACUGACUUCAGAUUCAUCCUGACCACAGGACCUGUGACAAAUACACUUGAACGGAAUGUGGCCACCUUAAACUCACAGCAAACCACAUCCAUAGCACUCUGGACUGGAAGCAUCCCACACACACCAAACAGAGAAGAGCUGCACAGUUUUUUUCAAAAAUUCUCUCUAUAAAACUAUUUCUUUAGUUAGUUGAGUAACAUUUACAGCAAGGAACUGCUCUCUAUUUGGACAGAGUAGCUGGAAUUAAGAUGUGCCAAGUCAUAUUCAUUGCAUUUAUCACUAGAGAUUCUGAACUUCAACACAGCAAGAGCAUCACACCCUUAACCAGCACCAGAACAUGGCACCAAGCUGUGCACAUUCACAACCACACCUGUGAGCCAGCAGUUACAAGGUGAAAAUUAAUAAUAAAAAUUAUUUUAGAAAUACAGAAGCACAUCUGUAAGCUGACAGAACAGUAAUUUAUUUGUGCCAAUAUGAUCACUAAUUUAAAUUAAAAUCCAGUUGGUUUGGUACUGCAUUGUACUCAAAAUUAUUCUGCAGAUGCUGUAUAAAAAAAAGACUCCUAAAUGCCAUAAUUAUUUAAUUGCAUACAUGAAUUCAAGUACAGCUAAAAAUAAUGGCCAAGAAGAGUGGAACUGAAGUAAUUCAAAAUUUUCUCAAGAAAAAUCACAUUUUUUAUCAUCGUGACAGAUUUUUCAUCAAUCCAAACAAGCCCCUGUGUUGUUCGUAUCUAUGGCAACUAAUCAGAGUUACACAGAUAAAAGUUCUAAUAAAAGAAUAAAAGGUUGUAAAUUGUUUACCUCCUUUAUUUCCUGGCCUGCCACAUGCAAGCUCUUCCCCAAUCCCACACACUCAAAUUAUAUAUUAUUAUAAUUUCAGGAAAACUUGAGACAUUCCAGACCAGAAGAAAACCCACGUAAUUUAUAUAUGAACUGUCUGCCUCUUCAUUUUGAGUCAGCUUCCAAACGUGAGUGACAGUGACUUCCCAUCCCCUUCCCUCCCAGCUCCUCGUUCCCCACUGCCUCUCUUCCCUCCCGAAGGCUCCCUCAGUCCUUUCCUGGGGCACACCUGGGACUGCACCUCCCACAGCCCAGCCCAGAGAGCAAAGGGAUUCUCCUGUGCUCCCCGUGCAGGGCUCCGGGGCUGCUGAGCACCUGAGGCUGCCCCAGCUCCUGCUCCCGGCCAGGGCUGAAGAGCAAAUCAGUUCAUGGAAAAUCCCAGGCAGGGAUCUGUAACCCUGCCCUGGUGCUGUGCUGGUGGUUAACCUGUGAUCCCAGAGCCACGGGGACAGGCCCAGCCUGCCUGCACAGCUCCACUGCACUCCAGCCCUGCCAGCUGAUGGGACAGAGCUCCCAGCACUCCAACACCAGGCUGAGUUCAACUGCUGCAAGCUACCUAGCCUGAAAUGAUGGCUUCAGAAGAAUCAGAGUAGUUACUCGUUCAGUAUGCACACUUUGAAGCAAGUCUGAAUUUAUGUCAGAUGUGACACAAGGUUUGGGCCAACUUUCUCAGCCUGUUUGCUAUUUUCAUGAUUUUCCUCUAUGAGAAAACUCACGCUGUUUGCAAAGGGAAAUACAAACAGUUCAGGAUAAAAUGCUGACCAGAGAUUUGGUAGAUCAGUAGCUAAAUAUACAAGAAUCUGCCACAGGAACAAACCUGUCUGGUGCCAGGGAGACUGCACCAAGGCCAGUGCACAGAGAGGCCAGCAAAGGCUCAUCGCUGUUCCCUGGCACUACUGAGCAGAGCACGGCAGCUGCUCUGCAGUGUGUGCACCCCCUCUCUGUCCCCAGAGCAGCCGCUGUCUCCAGCAGCCACGCAAGGAGCAGAGUCCCCCUGCUCUCAAACCUCCACCCGUCUCAAAACUGUGUCUGAGCUGCUCCAUGGUGGGCUCCUGUCCCACCCUCAGGUGACACAGGUGGGUCCCCAUGUGGCCCCCAGGGCUGCGUGGCCUGGAGCCAGGCACACCCUGGAGCUCAGGUGCAGCCUGUUCCUCUGGAGAGCCCUGCCAGCCUCUCUGCUGUACCCGAGCCAACAGCUCCCACAGAAGCUGCAGGGACUGAAAGGCUCCAGCUCCCUCCUACCUCUGUCCUCUUCUGCUGGGCCUCCACGCCCAAUCUGAUCCCUAAGGAUCCCCAAAGGUUUGAAGGCUGCUGGGAAAGGGGACUGAGGCAGACAGACACAUCUCUCCCAAAAUGAUCUCAUUCCAAAAUGGGCAAACUCACCCACUGCUCACAAAGUAGUGGUGUCUUUGUGCAUUAAAUUACAAUGGUUACGGCAGCAGGUGGAUGGAAAUCAAGGUGUGCAAGUCCCAAAAAUGUGCUGUUCUCCGCUCAAGAUGGAAGUGCUUUCACAGAAGAAAGCAAAUGUAAUACAACGUACACUUAUUUUUAUAACAAUGAUUUCUACUGUUGAACAAUUAAUUUUUGUUUUCCUUCACAAACCUGCAUCCCUUCAACUUUGAAUUACAGAACCAUGGAAAUACAGUACAAUAUUCCUGUCAGGGAACAGAAAGAUAAGGGCAAGUAGAAGAUUGCAUUUAAUAUUUUAUCCAUCCUUCCUUCACCAGAAAACAAUUCAGUGCUGACAUCUCUGCUUUGAACAGAGUCUUGAUCUGCGGCUAUUGCUUCUCUGAGAGCCAGAGACAAGGCAAUAAUGAUAAAAGAUCUGCUGGGUUUCUUCCCAGGCUACAUGGCACAUCUUUGUGGCAGACUUCACUUCAAGCCAAAGUCUGAAAGUGGGAAUCAUACAGCAGCAAUUCAAAGCCAAGCUAUGGAGCAAAAUACACCAGGAAAUUUGUCUCUGCAAGCUGCAUGCACUGCAGAGGAGAGGGAAGAAAGGGUGUCUAUUAGACUGCUCUUAUGAAUAAGAGGUCUUGAAUCACAAGAAACAGUCUGGAGAUAUUCUGCAGCAAUUAUGUUUUUACUUGCAUAAAAUGCUAUUAGAUCUUUGGCUGAGAGGCACAUGAAAAACAGGUAUAAUACUAAGUAUGAUUAGCUGUCCCACAUAAAUUAGGGUUUAAUUCCACACCUACUGAGGCUAACAGUAAUGAUUUCACUGAAACCUCCUAAAAUUAAGAUGCCUCUAAAGUACAGAAAUGUAAUAACUGUUCAUCAGCACCUCAAAGAUUAACAAUACUACGUGAAAUAUAAUUACAUCUACAAAAAUACCGUGCAUCUUCAUAUGCCAACACGGCGGCUCUACAGGUGUCUUUAGAAGGAUUCAUCACCAAAAGCUGUCAUUUAGGCCUUCAGAUGAGCAGCAUUUACAGGGAGGAUUGGUCCCAUGCUUUCUUCAGAAGCUGGUUAUUUUCAUUUGCCAACAUUUUCACCCUGUACUAUUUUAGUGCAACUGUUCCUCUAGACUGUUUUGGCACCCGUUCACUUGCUACACCCUCCUGGAUGCAAAUGCAUCUCCUUUCCCCUGGGCACAUAAACACACACCUCACCCUGCAGACAAACAUCAGAAAAACUGAUUUGCACAAGUACUUACAAGUACUUCAAAUACCAACACAAUUGCAACAUUUCAAAGACAGCAUGCAGUAAUUUUUAAAUUAAGAAAUAAUAAGGGGAAGGUAAAUCAAACUAAGUCAUGGAUACCGUGAAAAUUUUUUCUUCAGAUGUGAUCACUUCAGUUUAUAAUUAUCUGAAGUUAUUUGAACCCAAAGAAAUGGGCUGCCAUUACAAGCAGAAGAUUUUAUAUGUACCUCCUCCUUGCCUUUAUUACAUUCCACCAUGUCACAUAUGCAAGUACUAUUAUAAUAAAAAACCUGCUUGGUAAAGCAGCAUCAAACCAAAAUCUUCCAGCUGAGGGAACAGGGCAUCUGUUCCAAUCUCACCUCUUACUGCUCCCUCUAAGACAGCAUUUCCCCCCAGCUGAAGGAGAGCAGGGGCAAAAAGCAGGCUACAAGGAAUUUCAGGGGAAACUCUCUGGGAAGGAGUCUGCCCCAAUGCCAACAAAUGAGAUGAAGUGUAAGGCAGCUUUGGGCUAUGGCAUUCACUCGCUCAAAAGAGAUGGGUGCUCAGUAUCCAGCCCUCAACAGGUCACUCUAGGUAGGACCACACUGCAACUGAUUUUCAGCCCUUAAUCAAUGUAUCCAUGCAGUGUCUGAAUCAUCACUGCAUUGAUGCGAGGCAGAGAAACUCAGGGUUUUGAGGUAAGAGACCUUUGACCUUUCCAAGAUCUUUGGUACCCCCACUGCCCAUUUGGUGUGUGACAAGAACCCAGUGCCCUGUAUCCUGCAGCCCCUUGCAGCACACUCACUGCUGGCUCAAGCUCUGGCUCUUCUCAUUCCCUUUGUUCAUGAACCUGCUCUUCAGAGCACCUAUGGGUCCUGCCAACAUCUUUUUCCACAAGCAUCUCAUACUCAACACAACCCACGGCCUUACUUGGACUUAAAAGCAAUGACAAUUUUACUUGAUUAAGAAUUCUGAAGUUUGGGCUGCAUUCUUGCCGUGGUAAUUAUAAGUGGAAUAUUCUAUUUAUCCUGUUUCCAUCAUAGACGUAUAUUUUCAUUCUGCUUGGAAUGUUUCUCCUCACAUGCUUUCCAAAUGUUUAAUCAAGUGCUGCUCCCUUUGAAAUACUAAUCCUGCCAAAGUUUUUUAUUGCUAUUUUUCAAGCAUUGUGGUGCUUUACCCUUCUCAUCUUUCAAUACUAACAUAGGGUUUUUUUCCUUGUUUUCUGUUGUUUUGUUGAGGUUUUUUUAAGGAUUUGCCUGUGUUACUCCAGCCUAGUCACUCUGUACAUCCCUGCACUCUCUUACAGUAGGAGUCAAGAAACAUCAAACCAACUCUGGGAGAAGCCCUACAGCCCAGCUUGCAGGAUUCAUAUUUUCCUUGACACACACUGGGUUCCCAUCUGAAUUUCUUCUAAUAUCCUUGAUAUUAGUUUGAAACUAUCUCAGUUUUACGUAGUGGGUGGUCCUUUCCUUUCCAACCUGUAUGACUGUGGCUUUCAUUAAUCAGAAACAUAAAAUAAUUAAAAUAUUCUUGACAUUCAUCAAUCUCUAGACACACAUAACUGUAAAAUUUAAUUGUUUAAAUAUCUAAUUAAGACACAUAAUCACUAUACAGCAAAGGCUGCUUUUUGGCCUGUCUCUUACUGAAAACACUGAGCAGAACACUGUAGGGGACCAGGCUCACUCCCAGCAGGUUUUGGUGAGGAGCAGUCAGCACUCCCUGUGCAUCACAACACCCCACACACAGGGGUCACACUGCUGCUUCCUGUCCUGCCAGCCCCCCACGGGAGGGGACGAGGAAAGUACCCAGAUCUCAAACACCAAAUCACUUUCUCAGCUCUUGAGAGCAUGAAUUGCUCUCAUUCAUCUCAGCUGCCUUUCGGUUCUUAAGCCUAAUUAUGAUGUAUAACACCCAGACUUUAUAAUAACUGUGUUUCCAGCUGUUGGCCAUCCUGCUCACUCCAGCAACUGUGCAAGUGCCAAUCAAGGGACUUUCAUGCACCACUUGCCAAACAAAGGACAAAACCACCCGCAGAUCCACCAGCUCCCGAGGACUUCAUUCCUGGGCAAGACCUGCCGGUGGAUUACUCACUCUCUGAACAGGGAUCUAAACCUUUCCCUGUAAUUACCACAGCUCCACUGUGGAUUGAGGGUAGUGCAGGGCUCUUACCCGUACCCAGCCCAUUAAACAAACCAAAAUAAAGCAGGCAAUGCAGUUAUCUCUGGAUUGAGUGGCAAUAAAAUUAAGCCCUAAAUGCUAAUACCUUCAGCUUGCAGGAUAAACACAUUGCCAGAACACAGUCCAGCGUGCAGGAAAAAAGACAUUAACAUUUGUAAAUAAAAGGUGGAAGACAGCUAACACUCUAUUACUGCAAAUAUCAUGGAAUAUAAUUAAGGCUGGUGCAUUUCAGACAUUAGGAUAGACGGCAGGGAGAAGUUACCAGAUCAUUCAGCCAUUCAGUUCUUGAUUUCUUCACAUUUCUUACAGCUAAGUCUCACUCUUGGCUCUUUUUAAGUUAGUGGCUUGCUUGUUCCGAAAACAUUUAAAAAACCAUAAGAUUUUUAGAACUAAAGAACUCUCAGAAAAAAAAGAUCCCAAAAGGAAACAAGUUCCUACAGACAUCAGUAACCUUACAUGAGCCCCACUCCCUGCACUGCCUCCCCCUCCCGACUAUGAAGAGUCCCCUGCACAUCCAGGUCCCCGAGGGCUGUUUCCAUCACGCUCCUUCCAGGUCCUUUUCCACCUUCCUGUCUCUCUCUCCCACACCAGGAUCACUUCUCCAGGACUCAAAGCAGAUGCACUUGGUGAUCUGCAUGUCUCCACCACUCCUGCUCUGCAUCAGAGCUUAGACUGCCUACCUAAUCCACCCCCAAACUUCCAGAACCAGCCCUCUGCUUCAUUCUGUCCUCUGACCUCUGAAUGACAAUCCAGGUUUUCCUUCUCCCUCCAUUAUUAGACAAAAUAAGACAGCCAACCCUUGAGUAACAUACAGAUAAUUUUAAUUUAGAAACACAUUACUGACAAUUUCAACCUUCCUCUAUCCUUUAGAAACCCUGUAAUCUCCUCUUACUUCACAAUUUCCCAAAUCCUUAUCAUACUCCAGCCCAUUUCACCACAAAGCAAGCAACCAAUCUUUUAAGGACACUUACAUUCAACCCAGCCAACAACAAAGAAUAAACCUUAAAUUUCAAACUGAGCUAUUUGAAAAAAACCCAAACAUACUUGUCUUUUGUAAAGUUAACCCUUUCACACACUCACAAUUGUCCCAGAUCCACCUCACUGCAUAAACACUGGGAUUAAAUGCAUCACAAAAACUUUCCAGAAGAUUCUUUAAUCAACUCUGUCUUCCUGUAACAAAAUUAUUGGGCAAACCAUAUCAAUAUCUAUAAAGAAUAAAUGUCUUCAGUCUGUAGAUGAUCAUGGAAGAGACCCAGUGAAGCAGAAAACCAUUUUUUCAGACAUUAAAGCUCUACUCUUAGUUAUCCCUAGCUUUUCAUUUUUACUAUUCUGAUAGGUUUGAAUACCACCCAGACUACCUCAGGAAAAGAAGAUUUAACAAGUAAAUGUCACAACUAUCAUCACCUUUCUUUUAUUAAAAUCACCUCCAACACACAGUUAUUAAUUAUUUAGAAUGAAUUAAAAACCAGGUAGUCAAAAUCAAGUGCUCCACUACAAACAACUCUAAUUAAAACUGACCCUAAAAUGUAUGACAGAAAUAGGUCUAAGCCAGACACAAAAUCACCUAAUCAACCAUCUGAUACAUACUGAAGAGCUCUUACAGAUGGGUCCUGACAAUUGACAGUAAUCAAUGUAUAAACUGACAAGUCUAUCAGAUCUAAUUACUCCCCAAACAAAAUAAACAUGAAUAUUUGUCCUGGUUUCUAUUAUAUUUACAAGGAGGUUGUAACUACAAAGGAAGAACCUUUACCAAAGUCCUGGCUCAAGGCAGAGGCUGGUGCUGUGAUAUUUCUAAGUGAAACAAAGGCAGUGGAGCUGGCACACCAAGCCAUGGCAGCAGCUGAGAAGGGAGCAGAUGCUGGGAGAGGGCACCCUGCAGCCAGGGAGCACAGGAGCACACACCGAGGGAUGACUGCAGCAAUGCCAGAGCCAAGGGAACAGCCUGGCACUCCCAGUGUGCUCCCCAGCAUGCAGGGCACUACUGCAGCAAUGCCAGAGCCAAGGGAACAGCCUGGCACUCCCAGCGUGCUCCCCAGCAUGCAGGGCAUGACUGCAGCAAUGCCAGAGCCAAGAGAACAGCCUGGCACUCCCAGUGUGCUCCCCAGCAUGCAGGGCAUGACUGCAGCAAUGCCAGAGCCAAGGGAACAGCCUGGCACUCCCAGCGUGCUCCCCAGCAUGCAGGGCAUGACUGCAGCAAUGCCAGAGCCAAGGGAACAGCCUGGCACUCCCAGCGUGCUCCCCAGCAUGCAGGGCAUGACUGCAGCAAUGGCAGAGCCAAGGGAACAGCCUGGCACUCCCAGUGUGCUCCCCAGCAUGCAGGGGUGCUACCGGCCUGCUUUCACCAUUGGCAGCAGGAGGGAGGCACAGCAGCUCCAGCAGGAGCAAGUGCAUUAUGAUACAACACAACAUGAGCAUUAUAAAAUGCGAGAUGAAUCUCAAGCCCAGAGGCUCUUUAGCACCACUCCAAAUCACAACUCUCUCCCUUCAUUUUUCUUCUUUGCUUCUAUUCCACUUCUUCUCUCAGAACUUCUGACUUUAUUAACCCUUUUUUCUCUUUCUUGUGUUCUACAUUCCUGUUCUCGUGGUAUCACAUCAGAUUCCUCAAAAAGCACCUGAGUAUUAUCAGCAGAGAUUAUAGGUCAGCAGGCAGGUUUUCUUACAUACUCCAACCCAGUGAAGCUUCAGUUGUUUCCAGUGAGAAAUUAAUCGCUUCAUUGGCACCUCAAUAAGACAUCACACUCUUUUGACAAUCUGGCCCCUGAAUAAAAGUUACAAAAAUCAUAAAUCAAAUUGUAACCUGGUUUUAAUGGUCUGAAUUCAAGUGCUGUGAAUUUGGUUUUUUAUUCUAAUACUUUCCCCAGAAAUUCAAGUCUAACGAGCCCAAAACAGACUUCCUGAAACACAAGCUUCAUUUUUGUUUUCUGGGAAUUAGAAAAGAUGCAGUUACGUGUUAUGCCUGAUUUUUGGUAUCCCUUUCUGGAAUGGUGAGUUCUGGUGUUUGGUUUAACAGAUUACAUCUUUCUCAUUAACCUGGCCUGAAAUUAUGAAUUCAAUUUCUCAAGCUCUUUUUUUGGUUCUUCUAUAAAUCUGUACUAAGAUCCUUGAUCUUCCCACACUGUACCCAUAAUGUGCUACCUGAAUGCAAGCAGCAGCAGCAUCUGGUACAGUAGGUUAUAACUAUUUUACCAUCUGUUCUAUCUGAACUCUAACCUCAAUAAUCCCAUAUCAGCUUUUCCUGUUAACUGCCACAGCUCUUAGAUCUUGGCUUUUACUCGCUCUCUUAAAAUUAAAUUGCAGCAAAAUGCACGGCCAGCUCAUAGACUGCUCUUCAGAAGCCUCCACUGCUCCCCAGGUGACUUCAUUUGGCCAGAGUCUUAAACAAAUUAUGCCUUCAGAGCUACAGGCCUUCUUUUUUUUUUAGUGAAAAAGAUAAAUCAGUAACUGAACAUUGUUCAUUCUGAAAAAUAUUGCUCAAGAUGCUGCCAUGUCCUUUACACACUCAUUUCCAAAGCACUUUGUUCCUAUUGUGCUCUCAUUUAGAAAAGGGCCUCCCCUUCAGUGGAACUACAGGGGAUUCCACACCUUCCAGGAGCAAACUUCAUGGCUGUCCCUGUCCAACCACCUCCCCCUAUGGCCCAAGUCUAUUUUUCCACAAACAGCACCAUCACUAUGACCCCUUCUGCCUUGCUACUCUGUGUUCCCAUAAAACCCAAAUAGUAGCAUCACAGUGAACAAAAAAUAAAAAGUUAAUUUUACUGCAAUAAAUCUAAGUUCUAUCCAAAGUUCAGUAAACUGGACAGAUUCUGUAAACUGAGAGAAGACAUUUGAAACUUUUAUUACUAUUAGGGUUUGUUGGUUUUGAGUUUUGUUUGGGCUGUAGGGUUUUUGUUGGUUUUUUUUGUGUGUGUGUUUUAUUGUUUUAUUUUGUUUUACUUUUAAGACUUGCAUCUCAUGUCAUCAAGUGCUAUUUCAUACAGAUGUUAGAGUUUGAAAGUAAGCUCUAAUUCCAGCUAGAACAGCUCAUCUGGUGGACUGCCUUCAAAUUUAAAGUCUGCUUCAUUUACAAAAAACUUCAAAAAUAGCAACAUAGUAAUUAAAAUCCAUGAAAGACGGUGGCUUUGGUAUAAUUUAAACAUACUCAUGCAAAACUACUACAUACACACAGACAUAUGGAAAACAAAAAUAUAUUUUUAAUAUAUACUAAUCACAGCCACAAGAAUAUUCCCCUCUAUUUUUUACUGUAGUAGUUGACAAUACCAGUUCUUAUGGAUGAUGAAACUGAAGAAAGAAUCAAAUAUGAUUAUCACCAAUUACUGUUUUACACUAUCCAUAUUCAACUCAAACCAGUAAAUCAUAACAGCUCAGUAAACUUCUCUGACUCACUGUCAACUGAACCAGACUGUAAUGCCUACACAAUGAAAACUAUGUUUGUAAAGGAAUAUCUACGUAAGAUUAUUCAACUUUUAUAAUCAGUAUAAUGCCUUCUCAUUAGAAGUACUUGUAUCUUCUCCAUUUUGAAAUAGCACUUCUUGUGUACAAACAUUGCUUCCUUUUGGAUUCCUGUUUAGAAUCUGAACAAAAGGGGAAUUCGAUUUUUUGAAUGUGUGAAGAAAUCAGUUCGUGAGAUAUAAUUUUGCUUUUUCACACAUGAGCAGUUUAAAUAUGUUAUUCAAUGUUAUCUUGAGGCACAAACAUAAGGCAUGGAGGUUAGAGAAGUCAAACCUAGAUACUAGUCUUUUACCUCAAAUGUCUUCCCAAACACACAGCUGAAGAACACCAUGGAAUCUAUGGUUUAACUAAGGAAUAUUGACUUUAAUUGUAAUCUGGGUCCUAUUACACAGACGGUAUACAGUGCCCAUACAAACAUACAGAGUCCCUGAAGAUGCAAUUCCACACGUGUUUUCCAACCACACCAGUGGAUCUAUUUUCUAUAGCUCUGCUCGGGGAAAGGGAGUAGCACUUGAUGCCUUUUGGAGUUUAUGCUAAAACAGCCUCUUCCUCCACCCCCUCCACUAUGCAAAGGAAACAAGAGCUGUAAUGGUUAACAACCGGCCUUCACUUUUCCCCUCCAAAUGCAGGGGGACAUCGGGGCUGCCCUCCCCCACCAAUUCUUUGCAUUCAAAAUAUUUCCACCACUGCAUAAAAAUGACCUUUUUUAUUAUGCAGUUUCACAGAUUUUCCUAGGUGGCACCCCAGGAGCAUAAUCCUGAUUCACAGAACAAAACCUUCUAAUUACCCCAGUUGCAUAAUGCAUUGGCCCAUGAGCAGGAGCUGGCCAGCCCAUGAUCUUAUCUGAGACUGGGGAGCACCUGUGGGAAUCUGUGCCGGGCAGAGGCACCGGCCAGGGCCAAGACCUCCUUGGGCAUCCCGGGGUGGCCAAGGGGAAGGAGGACAAAGGAGAGGAGCCCUCCUGCAGCCCGGACCUUGGGCUCUCCAGGCAGCCAGCCCGGCCUUUGUCUGCUCAGUCUGGCUGCAGGUGGAUCAGGGAAGGAGAGGUUUCUUGCAGCUGCGAUCCUCCACAGCCACACUGCAAUGAGCCAACACCUGACUCAACUGCAAGGAAAACACUCCGACUGGAAAUACUCAGAGUAUAUACUACAGGUUUACUUCAAUCUCAUUCAGAGGCAAGACUGUAAUUUGAAAAUCAGACAUUGCUCGGAUGACAGAAACAAAACACAGUUAUGGAGUACUCCUUACUUUGCAUGUAUUUUUUCUAUCAUGCUGAUGAAAAGCUCUCAGUAUUCUGGCAAACUUCCCAACAGAAACUUUUUAGACACUUUCUUUAGAGAAUUGCAGCAGGUCCUUUUAUUAUUGCUUGUUUGUUUUAAUUUACCAGAGUUGGUCUCAAGUUCCAUCUAACCUUUGAAAAAGAGCAUCCUGUUUGUUUUCAGGAUCAGGUAUUUGCCAUUCACUGAAUUACAAAUGAAGAAGAGCCCUGGACCACUCUUGGUGCCAGCUGGCAAAACACCUUCUGGUCUCAGGAGAAUUUCAAAUGUAAACAUUGAUAUUUAAAAGAACUAUGAGUCGGGUUCUAGUGUGUAACAUUUUACCUUAUAAUAAAGACUAAGCUGGAAAACAUUUCAAUUCUCAACAACGUUUUCAUCCUGCAUUAUAACACACAUGAGUGGCAGAGAGACUUGUCAGCCCAGUGGUUAAGGCACUAUUCAUCUUUCAUCUCCUGGAUCUGGGCUGCAACCACUCGGCAAUAGACUCACUUUCUCACUGGAAAUGUCAUCUCGGAGCUGAGAAACCUUCUUGACAAAUAUGUUUUUGAAACAGAUGUAUUUUUGCUAAACAUUUUAUCUUUGACAAAAAUAUAUUUUGACAGAGGAAGUUCCAUAGCAAUUUUUUUUUUCACCAGCUCUAAUAACAACUUAAGACUUCUAGGACCUAAAUGGGGAAAGCUGCUCAGACUCUGCCUCGCUGAUGGAGGCCAGGCUCCACUGGCUGGAGCAAUGACCACGGCUGUCACCGCCCCGAUGGAAACCCAUGGGAUUGUCCAGCCAAGACCGCUCCCAGCUGUUGGGCAAAGAGCUUACUGAAGGAAGGGAAGGCAGCAAUGUGCCAGCCAGAUGAGUCCUGGGCAGGAGGGGAAGGAGCAAUCACAACAGGUAGAGUGCCCGGAUGGAAAAAUCUCCCCAUGGUAUUCCCUCAUCAGCAAAGACAUUCAUUCUGCUGUAAUGAAUCUUACAAUCUCCUCAUUUAUAUUAAAACAGAUACAGGUUCUGAAAGGUUAUUUUUCAUUUUGCUUGACUGGUGUUUACACAAACAACCCCAAAUUUCAAUUCAAACAAACAAAUAAACAUGCUCAUGUAAGUACUAAUUCAGAACUAAGAUUCCACCCAGAUUACAUUUUCCCGCCUGACAUAAGAGAAACAUGAAGCAGAAAUAAUUACUGUCUGACACGAGGAAAAAUGAUGCUGAUUAACUACACAGAUUUAGUUUUAUAAUACAGAUUUCACUGCAACACUAUGGCCACAUACAGAUAUCUAGGUAUCUACAGCUUUAAAAAGAAACUGCUAAUACAGAGGAGAACGUGGAAGGGGUUUUUGAGUGUAUAAAUAUAUAUUCUUUUUAUCUAUUUAGCGUGCAAAUUUAUUUAAAACACAAUAAAAUGACAGGCAGGUCUAAAAACCAAAUAUAAAAAUAUAAGAAUGUGAAAUGAACAAACUUUUUCGCUCUGCAGAUUUUAUUUUAUUAUUAGAUGCUAUUCCUAACUUGUUAAAAUUGAUCAAAUAGAAAGCUGUGAAUAGAGAAAAAAUUAAGCCAACUAGAAAAGUGUGACUUGGAUUUAAUAUUUUAUAAUUGCCAAGGGACAUACUGAGAUCAAUGAAUUUUUGCCCGAGAUGAACGUCAGAAAGAGAUGUACUUCAGUCUUUUAGGGAACAUUGGUCUAUUUAAUUCUUGUGUCUGAUGCAUGUGAAAUAUGCCUGUCUUGGCCUUCUUGGAGCCUGGAGGCCAUGCUGGAGGCAGACAUUACCACUUUUAAUAGGCCGCCAUCUGAGCAAUGGCAAGGGAUCCAAUAACCCAUCGACUCUAAUGGAUUUGCCUGUUUAUUCACUUACACCUUUUUUUGCAGCUAAUUUUAGUUUUGCAUGCUGAGUUGUUUCACUUUAAAUUAAAUGAAUAGAAACAAAGGGGAAAAGACUGUGCAGCUAAUAAAGCAUGAUUAUUUUCCAAGUUCUUCACAACAGGAUCCUCCAUAUACUAAGGUAUAUCACUUGAGAACAGAUUUGCUGCUGCGUUUUUCCACUUGUUGUCACAAUUAACAAAGCUUCUUUUAAAUUUAGUGAGACAAAAAGUAGGUUAUUAUAAAGUCUUACUUAUGAUGCACUAAUGACUUGCAGCAGUAUAAGGCAACCAGCUUCAAAUCAUUAUGAGGGUCGUGAGCAUCUUCAAAGACUAAUACAGGUAAUGUUAAUGAUUGUGCAGAAUUAUCCCAAAAAAACCAGUAAACAGUUUAAUCUAGCCCUUCAUGUGUACUUCGAAGAUCACAGGUAACACUUAAUGUGUUACUUAUAAACUUACAGUCCCUCUAGAUACAGAGGAACUCUGAGUAAUAAAAAUUUCCACUACAUUUGAUCCUUAGGAAAAAUAUACAUUACAGGCUAAAACUUAUUAGGGGAUAUAAUCUCUAUAUUUGGACUGCAUUAAUAUUUUGUUUCUUUACAGCAAAACUCUUCCUCCCUUUCCUUAGGAGAUGCCUCUUGCAUCUCACUCUCCACAACUCGUGGGUGCUCUGCCAAAGCUUGAGGUGGUCUUUGAGGUCCCUUCCAACCCAAAUCAUUCUAUGAUUUAUUCCAGAACCUUCUGCUCAGCCAGCUCUUUUUACAGACCCACAGUUCAGGUGCUUUGCUUUUCUCAGAAAGGCUGAAAGGACCUUCCUGAGGGGCUGUCACUGCAAGGCACAGCUUUCAGUGAGUUACAGAGGGGCUUUUUGUCCGGGUUUGGUUGAAUCUCCCGUUGCCAGGGCUCCCCAGUGCCCAUCAGUUAGAGAGGGCAGCCAGGGCCAGGUGUCACCUGCUGCUGACAGGUCAUUCCCUGAAGCUCUAGGAGCCUCUGUGUCCCUGCCCGGGGGGACACAUCCCUCUGGGCACACCGACAGCCCCUGACACUGCCUGCCCUCAGGAAAUCACUGUGGCUUUCAGGCAGCAAGUCAUCACAUCUAGGCAGGAAUCAUUCUCUUUUAAAGGCAUCAAAAGAAUACAGCUCCUUCUUCCAGAAAGAACAGCCCAGGCUUGGUCCCCGAGGUAACCAAAGCACAGCCCCACCGGGUCAGCCCAGGAGAGACAGCUGAACUGGGGCAGUCCCCACAGACUCUGACUUCACUGCUGCAAAAAACUACUUUUUCUUAGAAUAAAACUGCACAAAAUACAGCAGCAUGUGGUCAUUUGUUCCCUCUUCAUGACAGAAACCAAGACGCAUGACACAUCUACAGAAGGCUGUAAAAUGGGGUAAGGUUUGUGACCAAACUGCAGGAAUAUGGAUAUAAAAAACUAAUAUUAAGGGCCAAAAACUUGGGAGCCAAAACUCUGCACCACUUUGGACCACAGCUGCAGGGAGAGCAGAGAUGCAGCAAGAGGGGAGCACGUGUACCUUUUAUUUAGAAAAAUACAUUUAGUUUGGGAGCUGCUUCCCCUGUAAACAGUGUCUGUAGCACUAAAUAGCCAUAAAAUAAUGUAAAAACUCUCUUUGGAGCAAAGCAUAUUACAACAAAAAAGGGUCUGUGUCAUUCAGAAGGGUCCACAGCACUAGCAGUUACUAACACAGGAGGAAAACGAAGUAGCUACAAGUCCUUUUUUUUUGUCUCCAGCUGGUUAUGUUUUUCUUUAAGGGAUCACAUUAUGAAUCUGACAUCUCCUUAUUUUUGCCAAAAAGACUUCACCUCCUUUUAUAUCAGUUGCUGAUCUCUUACAGAUUCCUUAAUAACAUGGUGUGACACAGAAUCAACUCAGAGGCUUUACCAGGGCUUUUGGGCUGGAUUUGUUUUUUUUUUUUUGGUCAAAGUGGCUCACAAGAAACAAAAGUAUGUAUUUCAAAGGAUGAUCCACACAUUAUGAAAAUUGGCAUCUUCACUUUGCAUUCAUUUUAUUGCUAGCGAAUGUUUCCUCUUAGAAUUGAGACUGCAGUGGAAGACUUUUUCUGAGAGAAAACUAUCAACAGCAUCCCCUUAAAUAUAUAGGAAGAAUUAAAAAAAGGCUCCUCAAAUAAUUUCACAUCAGUCUGCACAUCUAAAGCUUAAACCUGUUGGAGAUAAGUAUUUUUGGAUAGUUACAAAUCCAGCUUCCCUUUUAAAGUGUUAGCUCAGACCUAUUAUUUAAAUGUCACAAACACCCAAAACCAACAGGACAUUUUAUAAGCACACAGACAAGUAAAAAUAAUCCGCCUGCUUUAGAUGCGUGUAAGUGAAUCUGCGACACAGAAGAAGUUACAUGGCAGCAGAAUAAUUUUUUCCCCCAAAUUGUAUUUGUAGACCUGGAUACUAACUCCCAGACACACUGUGGAAAGAAAAAUGGGAACAACAGACUGAAGUUGGGAUUGAUUUACUUCAUUAGCUGGGAUUACAAGUUUAACUUACAAACCAGAGGUCAAAAUUUCUCAUUAACAAGGGGGCCAUGAAUUGCUGCAGGGCUUGGUUCAAGAGGAGACCACUCUUAUUACUAACUACACAUUUCAAUCUGUCUUUGAUGUUCUCCUUCUACCCUCCUCCCUUUUAUUUUUUGGCAGAGGAGUUGAUUUUAAUUGUAGCUAUACAACACAGCUCAGUUUGCCUGAGAGCCAGCCUCCACAUCUGCAGUGAGUGCAGUUCUAGUGAUAUUGGGUGCAGUCCAUAGCUUAGGGCUAAUUUUAAUGGCUCCCCUUUUCAUACAAGGCUCAGAUUGUUUUCCACGUGAUUCCUGUUAAUUUAGCUGCAGGAAAGGGCAUCAGUUUUCCUUGCGAGUUUCUGAUCCAUACUUCUAAACUAGGUGAAAUGUAUUAAAGAAGAGAAAUGAUCAUAAAAUAAGAGAUUGAAUUUUCUACUGCCUCCCUAAGUGAUUAAGCAAGUAAUCCCACUAUUUUAAUGCACAAAAGAAAAACAGAACAUACAAAUGGUAUUUUUCUUAUGUCUGCAUUUUGGUAAACAAUUUAUGAAAUGCUGUAAAGAAGCUCUUGAAAUCUCUAACAGAGCUAAGAGUUAAAAAUGUCUGGAUAUUGUGCAUUUUCAAAAUCUACAGAUUCAAACAAAGAUUUCACAGGAGAUUUCUCAAAACAAGAGUUGUGUGCAUCAUGGCAGCAGAUGGUGGAGUAUACCACCAAAUAAUAAAAUGUUUAAUGAGUAUUUUCUAUUUUUGAUGAAUAGAACUAAAAUAUAACUGAAUAGUCAAAGGUGGAGUAUUCAAACAGAUUAAAAGUGCUCAUUCUACAGAUCUACUCCAGUUUUUAAAGGAAAACAUGCCACUGAUGCUGGUUAAACAGCUGAAAUUUUCAGAUAUCACAUACAGUUGAAAUCAUAAUCGAAUUUGUCUCAGCAAUCAAAGUUAUACUCUUCUACAGCUGGAACCACCUUUGAGCAUUGCCAAAUUAGAAAACCCUCAAAAAAAAGAGCAGUCAAUUCUUACGAGUAAAAACCACAGAUAGCCUUUUAACAAAAACAAAGUAUGAUGGUAAUUUUUUUUCAUAAUUUAAAUGUAGAAAAACAAUCGCUAAGGGUAACGGCUACCAAAAUAAUGUCAUAGAUAUACGGUUUCUUGCCUUUGUUUACACACAUCUGUUUUGACUACAAAGAGCUACCAUCUCCAGCUUCAUACCUAUUUAUUACUAGUUAUGAAAGACAAUUCUGCACAUGGUAAAUUCAUGCACACUUAUGAUGCAAAACCCCAAGGUGAAAAGACAGGAAUGAUUAGGUGAGUAAUUUUAGUUUAGGACCAACACAAAUUUCUAUUUAUUCCAAUAGACAAAAAUCUCCUGUAUAUUAUGCAGAUCUGUUCCACGUUUCCCAUUUUCUACUGGGCCAGUUUCCACUUCCCACUUGGGGGUAGCACGUAUUAAAUCACUUUCUUGUUUAUAUGAGCAGUUGCUGUUAAUAGUCCCCUCUCCAAGCUUUUCCAGUGGCAGAGCACUAGAAGAUAUGCUUUCCACCCACACCAGAGCCAAGAAUUCACUUCUUCUGAUGGCCAAGUCGGUCCCUUUUUGUGAAGCCUCCUAUUGCCAGCGUGUAGCUAAUCUGCCUCUGGAACUCCACAAAGAGCCUUUGUCUGCCUCUGGGGAGCUCUGGGGCUCCGUGGGCUCGCCCGGCUCUGCCUGUCAGGGCUGGUGGCCACACAGGUCAGGGCACUGGCCACGGCUCCCCGGCACCUUCGCGGGACGCGCGGCCGCAGCUCGGGAAGGGCUCAGCGACACGGGGUGCAAGAGCCACCCUCAGCUUUCAACAGGGGGUUAUCUUAACAACUAGACAUCUUUAAAAGGUCAUUAUUGCAGUCUAAUUUCAAACUGGCACCAAAAUGAAGGGCUGUCUUUGUGCAGGAUUAAUUUAAAAACCUCAGGAUUUGAUGUCAGUGGGAAAUAACCAGCGUGGGACUCAUAAUGCUGCCUUCUCCUGCUUCUGGCCAGCACCUAGGGCUAAUUUCUUAGGAGAUGAAAACUAUGACAAGCCCUUCAGUUAAGCUGAAAGCAGGCAGCAGUCCAGUAACACCCACAGGCCUCAGAGGCAUCCUGUGACCCCCUUAGAAAAGUCACAUUCACUUUGCUCUUGAGAAAGGAAAAAUAAUGCUGGAGGCAUUUUGUUUUAAACCAUGUGAAAUAAGGAAAUGUGAGGAUGUGAAAAUGAAGUGAAAAAAGUUAGAAUUCAUUUCCUCCCUUUGCAAUGGCUUAGAAGCAAAACUGGUUCAUUUUGAAAGUGUGUGUAAAAAUCUGAUACAUUCACCAGUAGGCAGUGACUACAAAAUGCUUAAGGUAAAAUAUGUAAAUAUGUAAAAUAAUCUCUUGAAAACCAUCUCCUUUUGUGCUUGAAAGCAUUUUGUAAAAGCAUCUUUAUUUCUCAGUAGCAUUAACAGACAGUCAGAAAGAAAACUUGUCAAAACAAAAAAUAGCAACAAAAUUCAAGGUACUCAAAUAAUAUUUUGAAACAAAUCUGCAGAAUGGUGAAAGGGAAGAAAAUUAAUGCAUAAGUUCCUUGGAUGACUUCUGCCCUUUUAGUAUUAAUCUGAAUAAUAAUAAAGGAACAUGUAAAUUACAGUUUCAAAAUUUUAAAUGGGGUUAUUUUAACUAUCACAGACUUAAGGCAAAUCUAAUCUGCCAAGUCUUCACUCUCAUUUCAGUCUAAAACUGUGUCUCACUUUUUUACUCCUAUUAUGCCUUUUAACUUAGAUGGGCUUUUUAUCUCCUAGCUAAGCACAUCCAACCUCAUUUCCUCGUUCCCAUUAAAGAGGUCUACACAAACGUGCAUUCAGUCUGUUUAUUACUUGCCACAGACUGUUCAACUUGUUCCAAAAUACUCUCAUUAAUAGAAGGUUGCACGUUGAGGACCCAUUAGAAUGCUCAAAUUAAGAGAAUAUUUGAAACUUUCAUUCUUUGUCCAAAAUUCUUGAGAUGUAUUACCUAUUAUCAUAUUAUCAACUACAUAACCAAAACCAAGCAGCAGAGAAUUCAUUAACAUUAAUACAAAUUUCAAAAACUGCUCCACAAGUGAGGUCUCAAAUCUGAAACAUGAACCCCAGCUCUAAAAUAAUUUGUCUUGGUUUAAUUUUUUUUUCCGUAUGUAGAGAAAGCUAAGGUAAGGAACAUGUAAGAAGAAAACAGGAACAAAGGCAGAGGAUGGGAAUCUUCACUGCAACACACAGGUACUGAACGAUCCUUGUAGCAAAAGGCUACAAAAAAAAAAGCUGAAAAAAUUCACAGGAUAUCAGGCUUUAAGGGGGUAUGUAACUACAGAAACACCUACACUAGAAAGGAAAUAAUGAUAAAUUGGAAUUAUUUUGAGACAUAGCAAAAAUUUACACAGUCCAGGAAUUUUUAUAAAAACUCUUCAAAAUUAAAUCUUUUUCAAUGACAAAAAAGGACUAAAUAAAUUAUUGAAGCAUCAACAUCUGAGCACCACAACCAGGCUACCCCACAUUAAUUUAUGGGGAGUCAGAUGUAUUCACCAUGCUGUAAAGGACUUCUUACAACCACCCCAGAAUCCUGACACUGUGACAAGUUGAAAGGAAAUUUGGGAAGUUGAUAAUGCCAAAGAAUGACAUAGCCAAAGUCUUCAUCAUUCUCUUUUCCACAGUAUUAUGACUAAGUGGAUGAAUGUAGGAAUGGCAAGAGGCCGGUCUGGAUCAGUUUGAAAGGGAAUCAAAACACCCAGCUUGAUUUUCCUGCCCGCCAUGCACCCAAGCUGUGAUUUCUCAGUAAACUGAAGCUGGAACGAUGAUGCAUCUUGACAUGCUUUUAAUAUGCAAACUAUUCAUCGUAGAAGCUAUGAUUCUGCAAAAUUUUUAACUCUGAAGUGCAUGCUUGAGUUAAGUAUUUAGCUAAAUUGGCAUUUUUUUCUACCUAAGACAGCUAUAGUUAAUGGGUCAAAACAUAAUUUGCCUGUCUAGUUUGAGCUCACAGACAUUUGUACAAGUGUCACAAUCAUUCAUGUGACACUUGUCUGCUUUAUUAUUCUAUGCCAAAACCGAGCAAAUGUUUACAAGAUUUGUUUUUCUGAAGCAUAUAGGGAACAUAUAAGAAAAGGGAAAGACAUGAAUAGGAGUAAGCAGGGAAGCUUCACAGACACCAAGACUGCUCCUUUCCAACACUGCUUCUCUGAAUGCAAGCUUCUCCUCCCUGUGUCUUUACAUUGUCAUUAAAUCAUUAUAAGAAUGUUUAUAAUCAACUCAGUUAUGGUCAAGUGUGCAUUGGCCUGUAAAUUCAAACAUCCUGCCCUCCCAUCAUCCGUUCACUUCCUCACAGGCACAGAGAGGAGCUUCCUGACUGAAAUAUCCCAGAAUAUGGGCACAUGGGCUCCUUCUCCUCAGCUCUGACCCCGAGGAGAGAGCUCACACACAGCUCCUCCACGGCAAUCUCAGCACAGCAAAACAGCUUCUUUGUGUAAUUCCUUUAUUUUCAUUCCACAGCUGCUCUUUACUGAGACUUACACAUAUAAGCAUUGCUGGGAAAGUAUAGGAAAGUUAAUAAUUGUUAAAGGCUUACAUGAAAGUAAUUGUUCUGUUUCUUCUGAAUUGCCAAUACUGAUUUUGCUGUGAGAGGGGAUUAUGGAAAGAAAUGGAACACUAGAGACGGGAAAGUACUGUUACCAAAAUAAUCUAACAAAUGCAAAUACAGCCCCCAGUAUUAACAGAAGUGUCGAGUCUAAGAGUACAGACAGAUGUUCUCUCCGGAUCCAGCUGUGCAGAUGAAGGGCUUUGUGCCCCCCAGCUGCUCCCCGGUGCCCCCUGCUGAAGUCAUUAUCCCGGAUCCGCCCCGAUUCACUCGGGGCAGGGCCAGCCCCAGCCCACACCCUGCUCACAGGGCCACCAGGACCCGGAGCUUUGCCCCCAGUGAGUGCCCCGGCACAGACCACGGCAGUGACUUCCUCAGCCACUCACAAUGGCAGCCAGAGCAGUCCUGGCACUGACAUGCUCCUUCUGAAGCCCAAGGAAACAGGCACUGCUAAAUUGCCAUCUCCCUCAGAAAUAUAAAUAAAAAGCAUUUUUAAAAUCACCUAAGCAAAUAAAGCAAUGCCUAGCAUCUGAUUUUUAUUUUUUGGUUUUUUUUUAACAAACAUACCCAUGGAUUUUUCCUACUGUACUACAGACAGGACUCAAACAGCACUGACAUCUGAAAACAGCACAAACAGUAAUGAUAACUUAAACUGUGCACAGCACCAAAACCAUCACCUUUGUUCAAAUAACACUCGUAAGCGAUCACCAAGAGUAACAACUUAAACCACAAGCCAAAACAUUGGUUUGUUUGGUGAUUCUUGAUUUUGAGGGCAUAGAUUGUACUUGAUGUAACUUUCACACAGAAACAAUCUGAGAUUUCUGUUAAUAAAGACAAAACUAAAUAUACAAAUCGGAGAACAUUCAGAGCUGCAAACUCCUUAUCUAGAAUGACACAUUCCCUUAUCAACCUGUAAAAUGCAUUGGAGACCAGUAUUUUUUCCUUUUAAAUUUGCAAGAGAACUGUGUAUCAUCUUUCACUUAUUUUUGGAGGUGUAUUCCAAACCAUACAACACAGAUUUCCCAGCCUAACCACAAGGUGCCUACUGUUACACUACACAUGUUAAAAGAGCUCUUUAAAUACGAAAUACUUUAAAUACUAAAUGCGACCAUAUUUUCAGUUGGAUUUCAUCCUGCUCUGGUAACUUCUCUCUUCAGGUGACAAACUAGCAGUAACUGAAUUCAUUACAGCCUGAUUAAUUAUGCUGCUUUCAUGCAAAGGAAAAAGAGACUUCAAUCAGAAGUGGUAACCUUAAACAGUACCUGUGCAGCAGCAUAUCAGAACAUCAAUCCCAGAUCCAUGCACUUCCAUUUGCUUUGAGAAUUUUUAGUAAUUACUUCUCUCUUACUAUCACAUAGCUCAGCUCAACUCCACAGCCUGAAAAACUAAAGGGAGAGAUGUGGAACACACCAGUUCCAGCUGACAGGAUUUAUACCAGUUACCAGAAACACUGAAAAGCACAUCUUAUGCUCUCCACUUGCUUACCACAACCUAACUACACAACCAGCCUUUUUCUCCCCAGCUGAACACAGCAGGAGUUUGGGGAAUAAAAGGAGAAGAGAGGAGUGGAGCCAAAUGUCAGAGAUCUCUUUUCUCAUACAGCUGACGACUUGCCAGGUUUUCAGCUACUACAUAUUUGGAGACAAUUUCCUCAAAUGAUCCAGAAGCUGAGAACCACCUGGCUGCUGCCUUCUCCUGAAGCAGGGCUAUCACCACAGCACAGAGAUGGUACCUAGACAGUGAGACUGCUUUUGCUUCCUUGCCUUUUGUGCUUGUUAACGUGCAAAGGCAACUUAAUGUAAGACAAGAAUCUGGCAUAUGUGUCUAAAAUACACAAUGCAUAAUUAAACUGGGAAUGAAAAGAAAUCAAAGGUAUAUAUGUUCAAAUAGUAUUUAUUGUUCCUUUACAUAAAGGAACAAGGAACUUGGCAAAUAUUUCUUAGGAAUAAAGGCCCAUCUUCACAAAGUAUGGGUUAUGAAUAGCAAUGAACAAGAUAAGAGCACAAGAGAUAAAGCCAGCUAGAGUAAGCCACAGAUGGAAGCAGAGCCAGACUGACAAUGGAAGAAUUCCCACCCUACCGGGCUCCGGAGCGCUCUCCACACAACCAUUAAUGCCAGCACACAUCAGCAUUUACACCAAAGGAGACUCUUCAGAGAAAUAUUUUUAAAUGCAAAGUUUGGGAUAUCUCUUUUUUAAUAUGGAUAAUACUCAAAGCAUAUAUCUCUCUACAGACUUAGGUCUCUGGUGCUUAGACUGUACCAUGCCUGUGUGCUCCGCUGCUAACGGCGAUUUGAGGAAUUUGCUGUACCUACAGAAUUGUAUUAUGGAGAUCCUAGAGGGUAUGACUAAAACUUGUUGAAAUUAAGUUCUAAGGAAAUAUAUAAAUGUAGGUGACUGGUUAGGGUUUGGUUAAACUCAAGAAGAGAAGGUGCUCCCAGGUCUCUUUCUCAGAGCUAACUGCCUGUAAUAAUAAAUACACAAGGUCAGCUGUGGGAUCAGAUGCUUUGGAGAAAAAUAAUAAUGCAUUACAAAUAUUGCCAGACCAACAGGCUUCCCUGUCUCAUUCAAACCCAGCAUCAUCCUGUGUGAACAAAAACUGCAGGAAGACAGCUUAGACUGUCACACUUAGGCAAAAGGAGCCGGCACUGCCUGCAAACAAAAUGCAGUGACAAAAUGUCAUCCCUCUUGUUCUUCACUUAGGGAUGCCCCUGCAUUACACUUAUGGACCCAGGUUGUCACAUCUCUCUUUUAAUUAGACAAAAUUAUGCUGCAGCUAAUACCUAGCAGAAGAAUUUUUUGUGGUUGUGGGGAAAGUAUGAGAUCAGCCUGCAAACGUCACCUCUAAAAGAAAAAGGAAAUGUAACUCAAGAAUAGAUUCUUUAAUAAAGAGCAUUGUUUAAACACGUAAGGCUCCUCAUCUUUACCCAAUUCCUGUAAACAAAAUUCUGAUAUUUGUCACAGAUAAGAGAUUCAAAACCACGGAAUAACAAGUAACCAAAAAAUGUUUUGUGAAUUAAUUAAAAAAUUGUGAAACUGUAUUAUUCACUAAAUUGCUAACACAUUCUUCUAAAGAGAAUGAAAUGUAAAGAAAAAUUCAAUGGAUUUAUUUUCAAUUAUAUGACUGCCUUCUUUUCAAUAUUUUUCCUCAAAAUUCAACCAUGACAAAAAAACUUUUGUACAUCUGAACAGAGAUGAAAAUAUAUACAUAAUAUUUUAUCAAUCGCUAUUAAUGUUGCUAUUAGUAUAAAUAGUCAAAGACUUUAAAAUGUUCAAAAUAUAUAUUUAAAUAUAUUCCAAAGAUAUAUAUAAAUGAACCAAAAAUUAAUCUUAAAAAAAAUAGCAGAAGAGCAGAAACCACCCUCACAGUCUUCAGAUUUGGCUGGCUCAACCAAUCUGCUAUGGCCACUCAACCAGUUAAAUAAAUUUCUUUAAUGAUUUCACCAUUUUAGGCUGCCUAUCUACAAGUUCUUACUGUCAACAUGAGUUACCCUGUGUGCUGCAACUCCCCCAUCAACUGAGACAAAGUAUGACUGCUGCAGUGCUCUGUUACCACGACAUGCUUCUCAUGGAUCUGUGUCCCAAACGUCAGGAUGAUCCAGCACAGCCAGCCAGAAGUGACCUGUUAUCAGACCUGGGAGAACAAUUCCCACCAGAGGUACAGCCCAGCAGGUGCAGGGGUUUCUCUGAUGGCACCCUGGGGCUGGGUGUCACUCCCACCAGAGGUACAGCCCAGCAGGUGCAGGGGUUUCUCUGAUGGCACCCUGGGGCUGGGUGUCACUCCCACCAGAGGUACAGCCCAGCAGGUGCAGGGGUUUCUCUGAUGGCACCCUGGGGCUGGGUGUCACUCCCACCAGAGGUACAGCCCAGCAGGUGCAGGGGGUUCUCUGAUGGCACCCUGGGCUGGGUGCCAGGUCUGAGUCCAGGGUGGCUGCGCUGCAAGGGGAGUGUGAGCAGCUGCAGGAGUGAACAGGACACAGCUCAGGAUGACUGCCCAACCUGACACCCAUCCCAGCAGGGACAGGGCUCAGGGGUCAAUAGCACACCCAGACCAGCAGGGACAGGGCUCAGGGGUCAAUGGGAUGCCCAUCCCAGCAGGGACAGGGCUCAGGGAUCAGUGGCACUCCCAUCCCAGCAGGUACAGGGCUCAGGGGUCAAUGGGACUCCCAUCCCAGCAGGGACAGGGCUCAGGGGUCAACAGCACACCCAGACCAGCAGGGACAGGACUCAGAGGUCAAUGGGACUCCCAUCCCAGCAGGGACAGGACUCAGAGGUCAAUGGGAUGCCCAUCCCAGCAGGGA